AUGAUGUCAUCCCAGCCAACAACCCAGCCCCGAAUGUAUGAAACCAUCCUCAGUCCUUAUCCACCAAACGACGUCAUGGCUCCCAGGUCUCAACAAACCACGGGUUUCACACACCUGGGAAACCAAGCUCAGGGUGGUCAGCCUUCCCUCUUCGGGUCUCCAAGAAUCAUCACCAACAGUCAGCAAGACCAGGGAAACACACAGGUGGUAAUCCCAGCUACAGAAACAGCAACCAUAAACUUCGCAGAAGAAGCAAAGAUAUUAGGGGCAAUCCAGAUCAUGAUUGAAUUGAUGCACAUUGGUUUUGGAAUUAUUUUAGGUUUCAUGAACGUCGUUUAUAGACAAGUUUUGGGAUUUGCUUCCUUUGCUUUUAUUAGUGGAUAUCCAUUCUGGGGUGGCAUCUCUGUGAUUCAUUACUACUGUUCUCUCUCUAUACUGGCGUCCAAGAAACUUUCUCCUAGUCUGAUCAAAAGCAGCUUAGGAAUGAACAUUGUCAGUGCUUUCUUUGCCUUCAUUGGAGUGAUUCUGCUGUUGAUAGACGUGAGCAUCAAUGGCCUACCCAACCAAGACUACUGGGCAGUCGUAAGUGGAGAGCAAAUUGCAGCCAUGCUGAUUAUCUUCUCUCUCUUGGAGUUCUGCACAAAUUGUACUACAGCCUAUUUUGCCAAACGAGCAAUCACCAAAACCAACAGGCCUGUCCUGGUUAUUUCCAGUAUGUAUACAGCCAGCUCCAUGGUACCAGGGUUUUCCUCAGCUCCUCCCAGAAGGGAUGGCGACCUCACUAAUGCCACUUAA